UGCGGAGUGUAUGCUCGAGCAGAGCCUUCUUCCCUCGUCCCACCCCUCUCUCGGUGUCUCUGCCCACUCCUCCGCCAUGGACUGACCCAGACUCAGCUGCACUUCAUCAUCACCGCCAUCAUCAUCAUCGUCAUCGCGAACAAUAGAGCGAACGCUGCGGGGCCUGCGCUGCUCUCUCAGGAUUAUCGACACCAAUCUAACGAUGAUCAGCGGCAGCGUCGAGCGCACGCCACACGUUUGAAGCGCACGGGAAUAAACACGGCAUCGUUUUAGACUCGAACAAUCGGUGAAAGAUGGCGAACGACUCCCCUGCUAAGAGCCUGGUGGACAUAGACCUCGCCUCUCUGCGCGACCCUGCUGGCAUUUUUGAGCUGGUGGAAGUGGUCGGCAAUGGCACGUACGGACAAGUAUACAAGGGUCGACAUGUCAAAACCGGACAGUUGGCAGCCAUCAAAGUCAUGGACGUGACUGAAGAUGAAGAAGAGGAGAUUAAGCUGGAGAUUAACAUGCUGAAGAAAUACUCUCAUCACAGAAACAUCGCCACGUACUACGGCGCGUUCAUCAAGAAGAGUCCUCCGGGACACGACGACCAGCUGUGGCUGGUGAUGGAGUUUUGUGGAGCUGGUUCGAUCACAGACCUUGUGAAAAACACUAAAGGGAAUUCACUGAAAGAAGACUGGAUCGCGUACAUCUCCAGAGAAAUCCUCAGGGGUUUGGCCCACCUGCACGCUCAUCACGUCAUCCACAGAGACAUUAAGGGCCAAAACGUGCUUCUGACUGAGAACGCAGAGGUCAAGUUAGUGGACUUUGGCGUCAGCGCUCAGCUGGAUCGAACCGUGGGCCGCAGGAACACCUUCAUUGGGACGCCGUACUGGAUGGCUCCCGAGGUGAUCGCCUGUGACGAAAACCCAGACGCCACUUACGACUACAGGAGCGAUCUGUGGUCGUGUGGGAUCACGGCGAUAGAGAUGGCCGAGGGCGCUCCACCAUUGUGCGAUAUGCAUCCCAUGCGAGCGCUCUUUCUCAUACCCAGAAAUCCUCCACCAAGACUCAAGUCCAAGAAAUGGUCCAAGAAGUUCUUCAGCUUCAUCGAGGGCUGUCUGGUGAAGAACUACACCCAGCGGCCGCCCACCGAUCAGCUGCUGAAGCAUCCGUUCAUCCGAGAUCAGCCCAACGAGAGGCAGGUGCGCAUCCAGCUCAAGGACCACCUGGACCGCUGCCGCAAGAAGCGAGGAGAGAAAGAUGAGACCGAGUACGAGUACAGCGGCAGUGAGGAAGAGGAGGAGGAGGCUCAGGAGCAGGAGGGAGAGCCCAGCUCUAUCGUGAACGUGCCGGGCGAGUCGACUCUGCGUCGGGACUUCAUCCGUCUGCAGCAGGAGAAUAAGGAGCGCUCGGAGGCCCUGAGACGCCAGCAGCUCCUCCAGGAGCAGCAGCUGCGCGAGCAGGAGGAGUACAAGCGCCAGCUGCUGGCCGAGCGACAGAAGCGCAUCGAGCAGCAGAAAGAGCAGAGGAGGCGGCUGGAGGAGCAACAGAGACGAGAGCGAGAGAUGAGGAGGCAGCAGGAGCGAGAGCAGAGGAGGAGAGAGCAGGAGGAGAAGAGACGGCUGGAGGAGAUGGAGAGGAGGCGCAAAGAGGAGGAGGAGCGGCGAAGGGCAGAGGAGGAGAAGAGGAGGGCUGACCGCGAGCAGGAGUACAUUCGCCGGCAGCUGGAGGAGGAGCAGAGACACCUGGAGAUCCUGCAGCAGCAGCUGCUACACGAGCAGGCCAUGCUACUGGCGGACGAGCGUCACCGGAGGAACGUGCAGGGCUCUCCUCAGGCCGCCGUCAUGCAGAAGCAGCCGCCCGCCGUGCCGCCGCGCUCAGAGCCCUUCUCCAACGGAAGCAGCGCCGCCGAACAGAGCCACCGGCCCGCCGACCCGCAGGAUUUGACGGCCCUCGCUAAGGAGCUGCGUGCCGUGGAGGACGUGCGGCCUCAGCACAAAGCCACCGACUACUCCUCAUCCAGCGACGACUCCGGGACCACUGACGACGAAGACGACGAGGAGGUGGAUCAGGACGUGGGAGAGGAGUCGACGUCCGGCCCCGAAGACUCCCGUGGAGGCACGUCCAGACUCAGUAAUGGUGAGACGGAAGCAGCAAAGACGAUGGUUGUUCAAGACGAAGACGCCUCCUCUACGCCCUGCAAAGACAGCACGCUGGUCAUGCGACAGUUCCAGAGAGCAGGGCCUGUGACAGUGUUGGGUUCAGGCUGGAAAGAGGCUCCUAGUCCCAGUCCUGUAGAGAUUGGGCAGAGGAACUGCAUUAGGGGUCGAAAUCCCCUGCUGCCCGACCUGCUCCAGCAGAGUCAGCGCUCUCCCCCCUCUUCCUCCUCUCCCAGCAGCCCUGCCCUGUCCCCCCUCAGUCCCUCGGACAGAGUCCCGUGCCUAGCAGAGACUCCCACCGUGCCGAAGCACAAGUCUUCCUCGUCUUUCACACCCUUCAUUGAUCCGCGUCUCCUCCAGAUCUCUCCAUCCACCGGCAGUGCGCUCAAUAAUGCUGGUUACAGUAAUGAUGCUCGACUGCAGGAGGCUCUGCGGCAGGACGCGUCCCGUAAGGGAUCGGUGGUCAACGUCAAUCCUGUCAACACACGGCCCCAGAAUGACACUCCAGAGAUCCGCAAGUACAAGAAGAGGUUCAAUUCAGAGAUCCUGUGCGCUGCUCUCUGGGGUGUGAAUCUGUUGGUUGGGACGGAGAGCGGCCUCAUGCUGCUGGAUCGCAGCGGUCAGGGUAAAGUCUACCCGCUCAUAAGCCGCAGACGCUUCCAGCAGAUGGAUGUUCUGGAGGGACUCAAUGUGCUCGUGACGAUAUCAGGGAAGAAGAAUAAAUUGCGAGUGUACUAUCUGUCCUGGCUGAGGAACAAGAUCCUCCAUAAUGACCCUGAGGUGGAGAAGAAGCAGGGCUGGACCACCGUAGGGGAUCUAGAGGGCUGUGUGCACUACAAAGUUGUGAAGUACGAGAGGAUCAAGUUCUUGGUUCUGGCUCUGAAGAAUUCAGUAGAGGUGUACGCGUGGGCUCCCAAACCGUACCAUAAAUUCAUGGCUUUCAAGUCGUUUGGUGAUCUGGUGCACAAGCCACUGCUGGUUGACCUUACAGUUGAAGAAGGCCAAAGGUUAAAGGUCAUCUAUGGUUCCUGCUCUGGCUUUCAUGCCGUGGAUGUGGACUCGGGAGCCGUCUAUGACAUUUAUCUGCCAACUCACAUUCAGACCAGUAUUCAGUCGCAUGCCAUCAUCAUCCUGCCAAACACUGAUGGCAUAGAGCUGCUGGUGUGUUAUGAGGACGAGGGCGUGUAUGUCAACACCUACGGCCGCAUCACCAAAGACGUGGUGCUGCAGUGGGGCGAGAUGCCCACGUCUGUCGCUUAUAUUCGCUCUAACCAGAUCAUGGGCUGGGGAGAGAAGGCUAUAGAGAUCCGCUCUGUGGAAACAGGCCACUUGGAUGGAGUUUUCAUGCACAAAAGAGCACAGAGGCUCAAGUUUCUGUGUGAGAGAAAUGACAAGGUUUUCUUUGCGUCUGUGCGUUCCGGAGGCUCUAGUCAGGUCUACUUCAUGACGCUGGGCCGCACCUCCCUGCUCAGCUGGUAAAGCACGGCGCGGGACGGCACGGGUCGGAGCUGCCGACGGAGUUUCUCGACGUGAUCAGCUGAGGCCAGGCGACACGAACGGCCAGAGCCCGCUGAAGGACUGACAAACCGACAAACACACUAAUUGAAACUGCGUCCUUGUGCAGCGUGCUGCAUGAGGAACGGGCUUGAGUAUCUACAGUAUUAUUGCUAGUCUGUGUAAAUGUCUUUCUCUAGAGUUUAAUAAAAUCUGACUCGGCUGAGAGGAACGGUGACAUCCCGCUGUUGUGUCUCUCAGUCACACAUCGUGUUCUGACAAUGGUGAAACACAAAAUGGCUUUGUUUUGUCAUGUAUUUUUAUUUAUGGCUUGUAUUUAUUUCUAGGUUGUUUUUGUUUCGUUUUGUUGAAUUUGUUUUUACUAAGCAGAGUAGUUCCAGUAAUGUGGAGGAUUCCUGAGAGGUUGUUCCCAGUGUGCUCCGUAUGGAGCGUCUUAUGAAGUCAGCUAAUGGUCAUGUGACGUCAACCGGAAGCGGACAGCCGCGUUAGCUUCGGUUUUGCUUUUGGCACAUCAAACGCAUGGAUUUGGAUUCAUUAGCCUGUUUAACGCGGACUGUCCUGUGGCUGCUUGUUGCCCGUCCUCAUCAUCUUCUCAUCUGCUUUCAUGGCGUCUCUUUUCUUCCCCUCAUUUCAUUUCAUCUCUUCUCCUUUCGUUUUUUUAUUGUCUUUUAUCCAGUUUUUUUUCUUCUGCCUCAUGUCUGAUGACAUUCCUGUUGUUUGAAUUGCGCAUCAAAAUGAGCAGUGAAGGAGUCUUAAGCUGUUCAGUGAGUAUCUCUACUUGUUUUGAGAUGUGUGUGUAUCCAAUCCUUUUGUGUCUUUGAGAAACCAUGAGUGAAAGCUUGUUCUGGCAUCUCAUGCGUUGGACCUGGAAAACUGAAACUGAAUGGUCCACUCAACAUCCAGAGCAGAAAACGUAGACAUUUGAUUCAUUUCGUAAGUUUUUCCAUGCUCUUGGCACAGAUAAGUGGAUUUCAUCGGGCGGCACCCAGUGCAGACCAUCACAAACGGAGUAAUGAUCCCUGUGAUGAAACACUACCUUCAGUCUGAUGUGAAAGACCGUCUUGGUCAUGGACUAUGAUUAUUAUGAUUUGAAACUGAACUGUGUUUAUGUAAUGAAAGGCAGGACUGUGGAAUGAAGCGACUGAACCAAAUGAAAGGGAUGAGCGUACACGAGUCCAGAGACGCUCGCCACACAACGCUUCUGGUGUCACUGCUCUUGUUCCAUCUCCUCUUCCUGUUUUUUAAAGUUUACACACACACACACACACACACACACACUCUUCUGCUGAUUGGAGUGAAUCUGUUGGAUGAUGUCUGUUAUGGUUACUGGAGGAACUGUCUCUGUUUAGUUCAUUUCUCCCACCAUACACUAUAGAUUUAUAUGUUCUAUAAGUUCUAUAUUUAUGUUACUUGUGUUAAUUAGUAUUAGAUCAUUUUAAGAUUUCAACGAAGCUGUCGAACUUGAGAUUUGUUGUAAGAAGAACAUGAACCGUGCCAGUGGCAGAAACUAAAAGUGAAGCGUACAUGUUUAGAAACAGCCACAAAAUGAAAACUGCUUUGAUGCUUUUUUUAAGCUUUAACUUUGAGAAUUUCACAGUCCUUCACAUAGUUAAGAUUCAACUAGCGAUUGUGAUGUUUCAGUUAUUGCCCUGAUAGAGUGAUCUAAAAUAAAUUCACCUGGAAAAAAGAAAAAAAGGUUUAAACAAGCAAAGUUUUGUCAAUUUAAUGUUCAUUAUUGUGUUUUAUUUUAAGAUUUUGUUUUUUAAUUUCAACCACAAUUCUUGUUAAUUAAUCAGUGAUAAUUCAGAUGGUGUUUCCUCAGCGCUGCUUUGAAUUUCUGAAUCUGUUCUUGGCUGACUGGUUGUCUGUUUUCAGUCGUGGCACUGUAUCGUAUGUCCUCUCUCUAUAUGACAGGAAGUCCUGUAUUUUCCUGAUGGUCCUUUGUUUUUCUUUGAAAAUAAAUUCGGUUUACUUUAA